AUGUCUACAUUAGAGUGUAUAGCCAAUGAGCUACAUCGACCUGCAAGAAAAAUAUUUCCUAGACGUAGUUUAAUAACACGAUUUAAGGAUGACCUUUGGCAAGCUGAUUUAAUGGACAUGCAAUCUCAUUCCAAUCAAAAUCUUGGUUUUAAAUACAUUUUAGUUGAUGUUAACAUUGAAGUUGAAGAAGACCAAGACAGAACUAUUGCUGGUAAAUCUACUGAAUCAUGUACGUUAGAAGUUCAAUCAACUAGUACUCAGGAAUUAAAUUUGAAGUUAGAUUAUCCGACUGAUAGAGGACAUUUUAAAGGACCUAUAAUAGACAGUAAACUUAAACGAACCAUUUUGACUUAUGGGCCUUGUAGACCGUUAAUACAGUUUCCCUACAGAAUUAUACAUGGCAAUCAUAGAAAAUUUUCAGUCGAUUAUUACAAUAUGAAAACUAAAACUGGUGUUCUAAUUCCCCGUCUUUGGCUCUGUUAUUCUGUGAAAUUAGAUAAAGUAUACUGUGAAACGUGCUGGCUUUUUGUAGAUUACAAUCAUCGAAAUUUUAAGUCAGAAUGGGUUGAAGGCAUUGAUGAUUGGCAGCAUUUGUCCCAAAAAAUAAUUUCUCAUGAAAUAUCAGGUCCUCAUUUAGAUGCAAUGCAACUUAGACUUGUAUGGACAAAUAACUGUACUAUUGAUAAAGAGUUGAAAGUUCAAAUUUCUAAUGAAGCUAAAUACUGGAGAGAUGUUUUGGGAAGAAUAAUUAAAAUAAUUUUAAGUCUUACUGCUGGUAAUUUGGCACUCCGUGGUAAUGAAACCAAGCAAUUUUGUGAGGGAAAUUUUCUUAGAACAGUAAAACUAUUUGCAGAAUUUGAUCCACUUUUAAGAACAGUCCUUGAUAAAAAAAGAUGGAAAAUCAUUUGUGAUGAAAUAAAAAUCUCUACUUUUUUUUCUAUAAUUGUUGACUCAACUCAAGAUAUUACAAAGUUAGACCAACAUACUGUUUGUAUAAAAGAGUCGUUUCUUGGAUUUUAUGCAAUUGAUCAUCAUGGUGCCAAAGACUACACAAAUCUCAUAAUAAAUGUCCUCUCUCAGUUGGGCUUAGAUAUUUCUAAAUGUCGAGGUCAAGGGUAUGAUGGUGCUGCAGUGAUGAGUGGUAUUUAUAGUGGUGUUCAAAAACGUAUUCAAGACAUAGUACCAAAUGCUCACUUUGUUCAUUGUUGUGCUCACAACUUGAACUUAGUAAUUUGUGACUCUGCUAAAAGUUCAGACACAGUUCGGCGUUUUUUUAUUACUGUACAAGCAGUUUUCAAUUUUUUUAGUAGUUCAGCUCCUAGAUGGGCUUUAUUAGCGUUGGGAGAAGAAAAUACCUUAAAAGUUCAUAAAACUGUUCUCAAAAAAGUAUGCGCAACACGUUGGGAAGCUCGACACCAAGCUAUAUUUGCAUUAAAAGAAAGAUUUAAUGACGUAUUGAUCACAUUAACAAAAAUUACUCUUACAACAACAAAUGGUGAUGAAAGAAAUGUUAGCAAAAGUAUACGCUCCAAAUUGGAUUCUGUAGAAUUUGUUUUACUUUUAUGUUUGUGGGAAAGAGUAUUGAGAAGUAUGCAAGGUGUUUCAAAAGUAUUACAAAGUGUUGAUAUAAAUAUUCAAACUUCUUGUGGUCUUCUUGAGCAAGCAAUUGGAUCAUUAUCAGAAUUGCGACAGAAUUACAAUGACAUUGUUAAUAUUGCUAAUGAUUUAUGUUCUAAAUGGGGUAUUUCAUCUAAAUUUCCAUCAAAACGCCAACAAUUUACCAAAUUACAUUUUGAUGAAAUCGAUGGUGACAGAAGGUUAAAUAUAACAAAAGAAAACUUUAGAAUUAAAAUAUUUUAUCCUGUUGUAGAUACUGCUUUAGCACAACUAAGAACUAGAUUUAAAGGAUUAAAAGUAAUCGUAUCGACUUUUGAAUUUUUAAAUCCAACUUUUUUAAGAAGUACUGAAGAAAAUGAUUUAAUAAAAUUGUUCUUUUGA